AACCCCCUGUUUGGAUCCUUCCAACAUUUGAGGAGGACCAUUAGCCUUUUUGAAGGCCUUAAAAAAAAAAAACUCUUCUCCAUUCCACCAUUUUCUUUUUCCUGAGCAAUCAUUUAUGAAUCCCAACACUCCCAACUACCUACUGGUCUCUUAUCUCACUCUAACUCACCUCAACAAGUGCGCCUGUUUGACAUUACCAACAAGCAACAGCUAAUCCAUUCGGUAUCUCAGCUUUGCGUGUUUUAUCUGGAAAUUCAUAUGGUUGAAUGAAGUGGAGUCAUGGACUAUAAAAGACAAUACCACUACAUCAAAUAAAAAUCCAGCACCACCAAAAAGUUCUUGGAGAUAAAAAUAAAAAUCCAAAAAAAUAAAAACCCCUUGAUUCUCGCAAACAUUCAGGAGCUUUGUUCCAGAACAGAAUCCACGACGAUGAUUGGCCGGCAGUUAUCUAUCAUCGUCUUAGCAUUUGUCUUCUUCAUCUCCUUAAUUCCUUCUUCAUCUUCUAUUCCUUUCAUUGUAUUGCACGGCAUUGCGGACAAAUGCUCCAGUAAAGGUGUUUCACAGUUCACCCAGCUUUUGAACAACUGGUCUGGCUCUAAAGGGCAUUGCAUAGAAGUUGGAAAUGGAGCAUGGGAUUCCUGGUUUAUGACACUUCAGGAACAGACAGAAAUCGUUUGCAAAAAGGUGAAGAGUAUGAAAGAGCUCAAGGAUGGUUAUAACAUUGUUGGGCUUUCACAGGGGAGCUUGAUAGGAAGAGGUGUUCUUGAAUCUUGUGAUGGAGGUCCUCCUGUUAAAAAUUUCAUCUCCCUAGCAGGGCCUCACGCCGGUACUGCUUCUGUGCCACUGUGUGGAUCUGGCAUCAUGUGCAUUAUAGCAGACAACUUAAUCAAGCUUGAGAUUUACUCUGAUUAUGUGCAGACCAAAUUGGCACCCAGUGGAUAUCUUAAAAUUCCCACUGAUAUACCUGCAUAUUUAAAAGGAUGCAGAUUUCUACCGAAACUUAACAAUGAACUCCCUAACCAGAGAAACUCAACUUAUAAGGAACGAUUCACCAGCUUGCAGAAUUUGGUGCUUAUCAUGUUUCAGAAUGAUACAAUUUUGAUACCAAAGGAGACCUCCUGGUUUGGAUAUUAUCCUAAUGGAGCUUUUGAUCCAAUUUUGCCUCCUCAAGAAACGAAACUCUACAUUGAAGACUGGAUUGGUUUGAGAACCUUGGAUGAAGCUGGGAAGGUUAGAUAUCUUAGUCUACCCGGUAAGCAUCUUGAAAUAUCACAACGUGAUAUGAAGAAAUAUGUUGUGCCCUACUUGGAGGACAAGGCUUUAACAAACACGAAAAUAGUAGAAUCAUAUAAAUGGGCCUCCUCAAUCUGGACAGCAGUUGGAGAAUUGAUUGGUCUCUCAGAAGAUAGACCACUGCUUCAUAAAUGAUACAGAAUGAAAUAUUUGUUUGAUUAUGCUACAGUUGCUACACCAACAAAAAAUAGAUUGCAACAACUUUGAACCAGAGGAUUACACCAAAAAGAAAACAAAAUAAGAAAGGAAGUGUGCAGCAUUUGGACAGCAAGUUGCACACAGAAGAAGAAAAAUAGAGCAAAUAAGGUUUGCAGUCAUAGGCAUUAUCAGAUAUCUUCACUGUACAGUCAUUUUAAAUUGAUAUUCCAUUCAGAGCUUCCUGACA